AUGUAUCUUCCAAAGAUUGCGUCGCUGGGUCUUUUUCUGGCCUCGAGCUGUCUCGUCUCUGCCGAGUCCCAGUCCUUCGGUCUCUAUGCUUAUGGCGAUAAUGUUGGCGGGCUUCCCAUGUACUAUGCGGAUGGCAACGCCGUCGUAGCCCCCAAUCCUCCCUCGAAUGCGUCCACCGCCGUCCGAGUCUCCUUCACCAAAGGCGACGACGGCUUGGUCGGAAAUCCCAACGCCACGACAAACUCGACCGGCUCCAAGGACUUCUCUGAUCAAAUGCUCUUCGUCCCUGGCCCGUCAUCCGACGACCACCAGAUGGGCUUCACUGCUAACGGAUCGACGAAUAUGGUCACCAACAAGUUUGUCUGGUAUGGUAAUUUCCUGCUUGUGGAGGAUGAGUCUGGCGAGUAUACUUCGCUGUUCUCGGUUCCAUCCACGGCGGGCGACGGUGGCUCGUAUUCCCUGCUGUGGAAUGCCACCGACGAUGACGACGUGGUUCCCGUCACCUUGAGAUCGAUUGCGCCGUCCAACGCUUGA